AGCGGCGGCCCCGGCAGGGAGCGGGCACGGCUCGGUGCGUGUCCCGUACGCCCGCACGGAGCGUCCCCUGCGCCCGCACGCAGGUCCUGUCGCCCUGACAUCCGAUGUCAAGUUGGAUGUUUUUGCACAUUUGGUGAGAGCUUGACUCAGUCUUUCUCCCCAACUUGGUGUUGUCAGCUGCCAACGUGAACCACCAGUGCACGGAUUUGGGAGCAGGCCAGGAACAUGCAUUCGGCUAAUUAGUGGCCCAUCAGGAGCUGGAAAGCAAACGAAAGCUGCAGACAGGCCCUGGCACCACAGACAGGCCCUCACAGGCUUUUCCCGGGGAGCUUCGUGUUUCUAUCCGCGACAAGAUGACAAUUCAUAUUUCUACCAAAUGAUGCAGUGACUCAUCCUAUUAACUCUGCUGGAAUACACACUUCCAGUCGUCCUGCCACGGUGAGUCCGUGGGAUUUUGUGUCCUUGCUGGGAGUGCUACUCAGGAUUUAGUCCGUUCCCCAGAUGCUUUACUGCUUCUCCUUGUCUCGUCUGUGUUUAAAUUACGACUGGAAGUCCCUCCGCGUUUGACAUUGCUGCCUUUGGAGCUUAUGCCAGCUGCAAUCCUGAACCAACUGAUAUCACAAUGACUGAGGAUUUGGACCACAGAUUCAGUUAUCUCACCUGGGAUCAGAUUAAAAUCCUGGACCAGGUUUUAACUGAGGCUAUACCUAUUCAUGGGAGAGGAAAUUUUCCAACCCUGGAAGUAAAGCCGAAGGAUAUAAUCCAUAUGGUAAAGGAGCAGCUCAUUGAGAAGCAGAUCCAUGUCAGGGACAUCCGCCUGAACGGUUCCACUGCCAGUCACAUCCUGGUGAAGCACAAUGGCACCAGUUACAAGGAUCUGGACAUCAUUUUUGGAGUGGAGCUUCCCAGCGAGCUUGAAUUCCAGGUCGUUAAGGAAGCAGUUCUCAAUUGCCUAUUGGACUUCUUGCCAAAAUGUGUUAACAAGCAAAAAAUCACGGCUCAGACCAUGAAAGAUGCCUACGUGCAGAAGAUGGUCAAAGUCUCCACUGACCACGACCGCUGGAGCCUCAUCUCCCUGUCCAACAACAGCGGCAAGAACGUGGAGCUGAAGUUUGUCAGCUCGCUCCGGCGGCAGUUUGAGUUCAGCGUGGACUCCUUCCAGAUCAUCCUGGACUCCAUCCUGGCCGUCUACAGAGCCUCAGACCGGCCCCUGACCCAGGACUGUCACCCCACCAUCAUCGCCGAGAGCAUGUACGGGGACUUCAACCAAGCCAUGGACCACCUGAAAUACAAACUCAUCUCCACCCGGAACCCGGAGGAGAUCAGGGGAGGCGGCCUCCUGAAGUACAGCAACCUCCUGGUCCGUGAUUUUAAGCCGGCGGAUGAGGCUGAAAUUAAAUCUCUUGAACGUUACAUGUGCUCCCGGUUCUUCAUUGAUUUUCCCGACGUUGCCGAGCAGCAGAGGAAAAUCGAGUCCUACCUGCGCAACCACUUCAUCGGGGAGGAGAAGAGCAAGUACGACUACUUGAUGACCCUGCGUGGGGUGGUGAACAAGAGCACAGUCUGCCUCAUGGGGCACGAGCGAAGGCAGACCCUCAACAUGAUCACAAUCCUGGCUUUAAAAGUGCUCGGAGAACAGAACAUCAUCCCGAACGCGGCCAACGUCACGUGCUACUAUCAGCCUGCUCCCUAUAUCAGUGACAGAAACUUCAGCAACUACUACAUAGCUCAUGGACAGCCUCCUGUGUUCUACCAGCCGUACCCUUUCCACAUACAGCUACAGAGUGGGAUGGUGUAGGAACUCUCCGACCUCCAAGCACUCACCACUCCUCUCUUUCCAGUUCUCUCCUUAGUAAAGGCCUCAUUAAAGCGAGUUUUAUCAGCACUUUUGAGUUAAGGACAUAUUUUUGUGCAAGUUGCCAAAGCUGUUUGGUUGAUCGAUGUCUAAGUCACCAUUAAGCAGGUGAAAUAAGUGAAGCGUCUGCCAUUCGUGAAGUGUUUAUACCUUGACGUGUGUUUGGGCUGUAUUUUUUUGCAAUGAAAAGAGAAGGAUAUAAAUUAUUCUAAUUUUAUAAAA